AUGCAGUCCUAUGGUGAGCGGGGAUACAAGGUCAUUGCUGUGUCUCGACGGAAGCCUUUGAAUCCAUAUGGCGCAUCGUGGCACUCGCUGGAUCUGUCAGACGAAGCCGCGUGCAAGGCUCUGUUGUCGCCGUUGACGGGCAUCGUGCAAAUCGUGUUCGCAGCCCUGCACGAGGAGCACAACCUGGUGGCCGGGUGGCUGGAAAAGCAGCAAAUCGAUCGGAAUGGACUCAUGCUGCGCAACACGGUCGAAGCAGUUGCGCCGUAUGCCAAGGGACACCGCAAUGUCACGAUCCUGCAAGGCCCCAAGGCUUAUGGGGUGCAUGUCCACCCGAUGCGCCACGGAGCGCGAGAGGAUCGCGACGAGGAUUGA